CGGGCAGUCACCCACUGUAAUCGCAGGUCCGGAGAACAGUGGAAACUUGUCGCGUGCCGAUGACGGACAAGCAUUCGGCUGCAACUUAACUUACUUUGAGAGAACGGGAUUCCCGGCGGUGGCCGUUUCAAAGCGCAAUCCGGGGUUCGGCAUCCGAAUAGCGCUAAUUUCCAUACCUAUGGUAUUUAUGACUGUAUCCCCCUCCGUGGACCCCAUUCUCACCUGAAGGCGCACUCAUGAGCUCGCUGUUUCCCAUCCGCGCCCUGUUCCGCCGACCUUCAACUCCUCUCUCCAUCGCAAGACGAUUGCAUACUACCCGCGUCAUGUCCGAGAAGAUGAAGCCCGCCGCCCGUGUCUCGGGCCGGCGGCAGGAUGUAUGGACCAUCAUCAACGAGGGCGCUGCUGCUUCCCCCAAGCAGCCCAUUGUCAACAUGGGCCAGGGUUUCUUUGGCUAUAACCCACCAGACUUCAUCCUUGAUGCCGCCAAGGAAGCUCUGAAUAGGGUCGAAUGCAACCAGUACUCUCCCACCAAGGGCCGCCCCCGGCUGAGAAAGGCAAUCUCGGAGGCGUAUGCGCCCUUUUGGGGGCGAAAGCUGGAUCCGGAGACCGAGAUCACCAUUACUACCGGGGCGAAUGAGGGGAUGUUGAGCGCCUUCAUGGCCUUCAUCGAGCCGGGGGAUGAGGUCAUCAUCUUUGAGCCCUUCUUUGACCAAUACAUCAGCAACAUCGAGAUGCCCGGCGGCAAGAUCGUCUACGUACCCAUGCACCCGCCCAAAGAAGGCGCCGUCAAAACCCUCUCGGCCGGAGAAUGGACUAUCGACUUUGACGAGCUCGAGCGCGCCAUCACCCCGCGGACCAAGAUGAUGGUUCUCAACACGCCGCACAACCCCAUCGGCAAGGUCUUCUCCCGCGAGGAGCUGCAAAAGAUCGCCGACCUCUGCCUCAAGCACCAAAUCAUCAUCCUGUCCGACGAGGUCUAUGACCGGCUGUACUACGUGCCCUUCACUCGCAUCGCCACCCUGUCGCCCGAGGUCGAGCAGAUCACCCUCACGGUCGGAUCGGCAGGCAAGAACUUUUACGCCACAGGUUGGCGCGUUGGCUGGCUCAUGGGCCCACCACACCUCAUCCAAUACGUCUCUGCCGCACACACCCGCAUCUGCUACUCCUCCGUCUCGCCGCUACAAGAAGCCUGCGCCAUCGGCUUCGAACAAGCCGACAGCCAAAACUUCUGGCCCUCCUCCAUCACCUCCCUCCGGCACAAGCUCGACCUCUUCAACUCCGUCUGGCACGAGCUCGGGAUCCCCUACUCGGAGCCCGAGGGCGGCUACUUCGUCAUGGUGAACCUCGCGGGCGUACGAAUCCCCGCCGACUACCCCUUCCCCGCCCACGUGGCGGAGCGCCCGCGCGAUUUCCGCCUCGCCUGGUUCCUGAUCCAGGAGCUCGGCGUGGCCGCCAUCCCGCCGAGCGAGUUCUGCACCGACGCCAACAGCCACCUGGUGGAGGACUAUCUGCGCUUUGCGGUCUGCAAGCCGGACGAGGUGCUGGAGGACGCGAAGGAAAGGUUGAGGGGGUUGAAGAAGUUUUUGAAGAGGGAUUAGGGGGUUGGUUGGGAGGGGGAGGUGCUUUGUCUGGUUGACAAGCUGCGUUGCGCAAAUAUCAGAGAUAAUCGCUAUCCAUGCAUUGAUG